AUGUCUGGUGGAACGGAUAGUGUGGGUUUGAUGAGCGUUUCCUCUUAUUCCGCCAAUCUUGCCCUCUGUUCCUCUUCCCCUGAGAUGGUACUGCCAUUCUGGUCAUUGACGAAGCAACUGGGCUUACUGUUUUUCCCAGAGAGUCUUUUUGAUUUCAUACAGCCUUUUCAUGUUUCCUUGCCCCGCUGCAGUCUCUGCUUUCUGGGUCAGGUUUUCAAUGAAGAUUCUCUUGUAUUUUUCACUUUCAGAUUUUUCUCCCAGUCGCGUGUUUGCAAUUCCAGAUUCUCUUCUAGGUCUUGGGUCUGGUUGAUCUGGUCUUUCAGUUCUUUUCUCUCGGUGAUCAAUGCCCAUGUUUCUCUUGUCAACCAUUCUUUUUAUUUUCUUUUUUCCUCCCCAGGACUGUUUGGAAUGUUGUCUUAUAGCUCUCGUUCUUCUAUUGAACGGCGAACUUUUCACGGAGUUCUGCACGUUCUAUGA